CAGCACCCGGCGCCCGAGGAGCAGCCCCUCUACAAAGAUAAUCAGAAGAGCAAGGAGGGUAAUCAGGUCAUCUUGCCUACGAAGGAGGACACCUUCUCAGAUAAGAACAAGGAGCAUAAUUUUUUCAUCACAGAUUCAGAGCCUUCAGGAGGAGACUUCUGGAGAGAUAUAGCAGGAGAACACACACAAGAAACCAAUUCACCUCAUUCUCUGAAGAAGGAUGUGGAAAAUAUGGGGAAAGAGGAACUCCAGAAGGUUCUGUUUGAGCAGAUCGACCUGCGGAGGAGGCUGGAACAGGAAUUCCAGGUGUUGAAAGGAAACGCGUCUUUCCCAGUCUUCAACAAUUUUCAAGAUCAGAUGAAGCGGGAGCUGGCGUACAGAGAAGAAAUGGUGCAGCAGCUACAAAUUAUUCCCUAUGCAGCAAGCUUGAUCAGGAAAGAAAAGCUCGGUGCACACCUCAGCAAAAGCUAAAGAAGCACAGGAGCUUUUGCAGCUGUUACCUUAUAAGUUAUAACCCAGUCAGAAACCUGACUUGUAUAUAGACUGUGAAAUGGAAGUGUUUGGGGAUCUAAAUAAAAAAAAAUCAGGUUCCUCUGAACCUAAGGACAAGUGACCUCAUAGUAUCAUGGACAACCAUGUCAAAUAGAAUGUAGCAGCCAUUUAUUAGUAAACACAAAACAACAAAAAAAAAUGCCUGUCCUUGAUAUUUUUCUUUUUUUUUUUUUUUUUUGGUGGUACCAAAGUUUAAGUCUUUGUGUUUUUAGAAGGACUAUUGAGCUUGAUAGAGAAAAAAAAAAUGCUUUUGAAUCGUGCAGAUAAGCUGUGAAAGGAACUGCUGGUCCUUUCAAUGCCACAGGCACUGACAACACCUGCCAGCUCACCUUUUGCUUUGGAAUAGUGAUUGUUUUAUGGAAGGGAGUGAACGUCUCACCAGAUGGGCCAGAACCACGUUUGGAUGGACGGGUGGACAGACGGACGGACGGAUAGAGCAGCGUUAGCCAUACACAGUGCUUUUUAAAAGCAGUCUGGAGAUUCUCACACCCCUCUCCCUCGUCCCUUCCCCCCCUCUGGUAUUUUGCCUGCUGUAUGAAUUACGAUUGUACUCCUCUGGAAAUAUUUUACAAUUUAAUAUUGAGUGUAAUUAAGAAUAUAAUCACUGUUAUCAAAAAAGGUAUUUAACUCUGUUGUAGUUUCUUUAUCAUUCAUGUGGAUAAAAAGUCUAUA